AUGGCGCUUUUUCGUCUCCUUUCUGGGGUCAAAAUUCGCGAACCCUUCUUCCUCCCCGCGUCAGCGCCUCUGCAAUUCCACUCUCUCUCUCUCUCCGCUGCACCCACUGCCACCACACCCUCCUCCGGCCAGUGCAACCACCACGCGAGCGAGAGCGCCCUCACGACGCUGUUCAAGUCCCAGCAGAGCCACCUCAACUUCUUCUUCGAACACAUAGACCACUCCCAAACCCUAGCCUUCACGCGCGCCCUCCUUAACGCCACAGGCACUGUCUUCUUCAUUGGUGUCGGCAAGUCCGGAUUCGUCGCCCACAAGAUCUCGCAGACACUCGUCUCGCUCGGCAUGCGCUCCGCCUUUCUGUCGCCGGUCGACGUGCUCCAUGGUGACAUCGGGAUCCUCACCGAACGUGAUGUGCUCGUCCUCCUCAGCAAGUCAGGCGCCACCGAGGAGCUCCUCCACCUGGUGCCUUGCGCGAGGGCGAAGGGCGCACUCCUCAUCGCGCUCACCUCCGUCGAAGGUAACGCGCUGGCCGCAGCGUGCGACAUGGCCGUGCAUUUGCCUCUCCAGAGAGAGCUUUGUCCGUUCAACCUUGUGCCGGUCACAUCCACCGCUAUUCAGAUGGUUUUCGGGGACACCGUGGCCAUCACGCUCAUGGAGGCCAGGAAUCUCACCAAGGAGGAGUACGCCGCGAACCAUCCAGCCGGCAAGAUCGGGAAGAGUCUCAUCUUCAAGGUGAAGGAUGUGAUGAGGAAUCAGGAUGACCUUCCGAUUUGCAGAGAAUCGGAUUUGAUUAUGGACCAGCUUGUGGAACUGACGAGUAAUGGAUGCAGAUGCCUCACUGUGGGGAAGAUGUGCAACAGGAAUCCAAGAAUUAUUGGCCCGGAGGCUAUGGCGGUGGAGGCGAUGAAGAAGAUGGAGGCACCUCCGUCGCCUGUUCUGUUUUUACCUGUGAUAAACGAUGAGAAUAUUUUAAUUGGGAUUGUCCCUCGGUUCUCACCAAGACCGAGGCAAAAAACUCACAUAUGGCCUCGGUUUUAA